GCUGUUUUGGUUAAGCACUCCCCUUUACAGUUGCUGGGUCAAUGCUCCUUCUUGGUGACAUUUGCGUCCCAUCCGGUUUUAGCCACCCUUAAGCGCUUUUGUUUUUGUUUUUUCCCCCUCCAUACUCUAGAAUUCCUCGCUGUUCACCAUGGGGGACAAUUAGAUUUUUGGCUCCACGCUUGUUUUGCGUCUGAGUUUUUUAUUUGUUUUUGUCCUGCCUUAAAUAAUUAAACACAAUCCUGUCUGCAUGCAUGAGAGGGAACACAACCAUCGCAGCCAUGUGUUCCAAACACCACAAAAUUGGGUUUGUUUCUUGGCAAAGAGUUGCAGAUGGAAAUCAGCCUUUGGCUACAAUCUGUCACAUUUACAUUUUAUGUGUUCGUUAAUAUACAUUCUAUCGUGUUACAAAGUUAUAACAAAUGGCAACUUCCUAUGAGGGGUUUUAUUUUACAUCUAUAAACAAGCUUAUUGGUGUCUCUGGUGCAGGGAUAGGUAAACUAUGGCCCGGGUGCCACAUCCGGCCCGCCAAUUAUUCAAACAAAAUUAGGCAGAGAUCUGUUUUGAGGAUUGCCACGAUAGACUUCGACGCACCGGCAGAAAAGGGUGAUCAACAACACUGCUCCCACUGAAAGAGAACUUAAAAGUGCGUGAGUGUGCGUGGGCUCCCAGGUGUUUUGUGGGUGCGCGACGGACGAGGAGGAGCCACAUUCCGGCAGUGGCAGGCGGGCGAGGAGUGGACGGAUGGCAGCAGAGGAGGCAGCAUCAGCACCAUGAAGAGAUGUGCGCCGGGGGGCGGGGCGGCCUCCUCCUUUGCGCGCAAAAACUCCAACAACAACGAGCUCCUGCUCCUCCAGGACCACUGCUCGGAGUCCUUCAGCCUGCACUGGAAUGUUCCACCGGACGACGGCGGCGGCGGCUGGGGCUCGGCCGCCGGCAUGAUGUGCAACAAGAACGGAGAUUGCCGAAGAGAGCCGACCAGCUCCGGGAGCCUCUCGUCCCUCAUAUCCAGGCAGGAGAAGCGCGCCGAUGGCGGGGUAGAAGCCGAGGAGGGCGCGCGCAUGGACGGCUCCGGGGUGUCGGCGGGGUCUCCGCCACACGGGGCCGAGGUCAGAAGCGCCUCGGCGGGCAUGGAGAAGAAAGACUCCCGGGUGUCUUUCUCCAAGGGACACACCCCGGGUCAGCAGUCCAGGAACUCCAAGGCGGAGGACGGCUCGCAGAUAGUCGCGGACGAUGGCGACUCCAGUCGGAACCAAACUUACAUGCAGCGGCAGUUCACCGCCAUGUUGCAGCCCGGGGUCAACAAAUUCUCCCUGCGGAUGUUCGGCAGCCAGAAGGCGGUGGAGAAGGAGCAGGAGCGGGUCAAGUCUGCGGGGAACUGGAUCAUCCAUCCCUACAGCGACUUCAGAUUCUACUGGGACUUUUCCAUGCUCAUGUUCAUGGUGGGCAACCUGAUCAUCAUCCCCGUGGGCAUCACCUUCUUCAAGGAGGAGACCACCACUCCGUGGAUCAUCUUCAACGUGGUGUCGGACACCUUUUUCCUCAUGGACCUGGUGCUCAACUUCCGGACCGGCAUCGUCUUCGAGGACAACACGGAGAUCAUCCUGGACCCCAAGAAGAUCAAGAAGAAGUACCUGCAGACUUGGUUCGUGGUGGACUUUGUGUCCUCCAUACCUGUGGAUUAUAUCUUCCUCAUCGUGGAGAAAGGCAUCGACUCGGAGAUGUACAAGACGGCCCGGGCGCUCCGCAUCGUGCGAUUCACUAAAAUCCUCAGCUUGCUGCGCCUGCUCAGGCUGUCCAGGCUUAUCCGCUACAUCCACCAGUGGGAGGAGAUCUUCCACAUGACCUAUGACCUGGCCAGCGCUGUGAUGCGAAUAUUCAACCUGAUUGGGAUGAUGCUGCUGCUGUGUCACUGGGAUGGCUGUUUGCAGUUUUUGGUGCCAAUGCUGCAGGACUUCCCCUCGGACUGCUGGGUGUCCCUCAACAAGAUGGUGAACGAUACCUGGAGUGAGCUCUACUCCUUCGCCCUCUUCAAGGCCAUGAGCCACAUGCUGUGCAUCGGCUAUGGACGACAGGCCCCUGAGAGCAUGUCUGACAUCUGGCUCACCAUGCUCAGUAUGAUCGUGGGGGCCACCUGCUACGCCAUGUUCAUCGGACACGCCACCGCGCUCAUUCAGUCUCUGGACUCGUCCAGGCGGCAGUACCAGGAGAAAUACAAACAAGUGGAGCAGUACAUGUCCUUCCACAAGCUGCCUGCAGACUUCCGCCAGAAGAUCCACGACUACUAUGAGCACAGAUACCAGGGCAAGAUGUUUGAUGAGGAGAGCAUCCUGGAGGAGCUUAAUGAGCCUCUGCGAGAGGAAAUUGUCAACUUCAACUGCCGCAAGCUGGUGGCGACCAUGCCGCUGUUCGCCAACGCCGACCCCAAUUUUGUGACGGCCAUGCUGACCAAGCUGAGGUUUGAGGUCUUCCAGCCGAGCGACUACAUCGUGCGAGAGGGCACCAUCGGCAAGAAGAUGUACUUCAUCCAGCAUGGCGUGGUCACCGUGCUGACCAAAGGCAGCGUGGGCAUGAAGCUGAUUGACGGCUCCUACUUCGGAGAAAUCUGUCUGCUGACUCGAGGCCGACGGACGGCCAGCGUGCGGUCGGACACCUACUGCCGCCUGUACUCGCUCUCUGUGGACAAUUUCAAUGAGGUCCUGGAGGAGUAUCCCAUGAUGAGGCGGGCAUUCGAGACCGUCGCCAUUGACAGACUUGACAGGAUAGGCAAGAAGAACUCCAUCUUGAUACACAAAGUCCAACACGAUCUGAACUCCGGGGUGUUCAACAACCGCGAGAAUGAGAUGAUCCAGGAAAUCGUCAAAUACGAUCGAGAAAUGGUUCAGCAGGUGGAUGUACCGCAAUCUCACCCACCGCUUACCAUAACGCCUCCUCUCCAUGGCGAGGUUUUUACCCUGUCGGAAUCCUCUUUGCAGCCCCCAAAUUCUGCAAUUGGCACUCUGCAGCAAGCUGUAGCUAUGAACUUUUGUCCACCAGUGCAAGGGAAGUCUCCCAGGAUGUUGAGGCGAUUGCAGGUGAUGCAAAAUCUAUCGAGCCCAGCCUCGGCUUCUCCAUUGCAGUCUCAGCUCUUUAGUGCAGGUACCUUUGCGCCAGGCCUAUCCAACACUCCUGUCCAGAGCCCCCUUGCGGUUGGAGGUCGUUCCUUCCCUUAUGGAUCCAGCUUUCAGGCUAGUCCUGCCACAGGCUCCCAGCUGUCUUUGGUCCAGCAAAACAUCCCAAGCCCUGCACAUAGACUGAGUACGCAUAAGAGCACCCAUUCCUUGCCGAUGGAGAGUCUUACCCAGGACUCCAGGGCGCUGUCGGCCUCUCAACCCUCACUGCCACACGAAGGGAUGCACCCAGGAGCACCCAGCCCGCCACAGUCUCCAAGAGUAUCUUCUACUUCCAUUGGACCAGCUCAGACUCCAUUAAGUCAUGCAGGCAUCCGCAGUGCAAUGCCCCACAGGAUUGUGCUGCCCCACCAGAUGUCUGUGGGAGCCUUCCCUGUGGCAUCCACACAGGGAUUUAGCAUUGGUGCGGGGUUUGCAUUACCUACUGGAGACUUAGUACUACCGAAAAAGGACUCCGUUGGGAGCCUUCCCGAGACAGAGCAGAUUAAAGUCCGAUCCAGGUUAUCCUCAAACUUGUAAGUCCGCUAAGGGCUGGACAUCAGGAACAAGAGCUGCUCCACCUCUUCCAGAUUCUCCAGUUGGACAAGGUGAAUGUAUGAGCAAGAGAGUAGACUCGAAUGGCUUUUAAAAUACUAUGAAAUCAGCUGUAUUGAGUUGUUUCUGCAUACAGAACCUUAGAAGCAUAUUAGCAUCUUCCCAAACUUGCCUCCUUUAUAUAAGGUAGUUCACAAUGUAUGCCUAACUACUACACUUUGAUAGUGGUCUAGAGUAAUAGCAGGAAAUGGCCUCUGAUGUCUGUAGUUUUAAACUCUUUGUACCACCCGGAUGUGUUCCCUUAGCAUACCCUAAAAAUACAGUAUACAUAUGUAGGUCAAUCCUCUACGUAAGUGCAAUGGCCAUCUAUAACAUCACCCAUUUUCAACGGAGAUUGAGUCUUGAUAAUACUAUAGUUAGAAACUCUAUUUUUGUAACAUUGUUGGCUUAAUUUGCAGGACUUCUCCCUUCAAAAUUACGGUGGAACCCCAAAGUCAUACAUUUUACAAUCGGAAUACAUUUUCAGAUGUCUCACAAAUCUUCAGAUUUUCAACUACUGCCGCUCAAGGGGGUCUCCAGCUUGUUGCUUGCUAACUAUACCUAGGUCGUUCACACUGUCUGAGUAGCUUGCGAGAGCGUUCAAAAUCAACUGAACAGGCUAAGUCAACAAUUUAGGCUUAGGGUCACUGAAUCUCACAUGAUAUGGCCAGGGACACCAAAGCUUGCUUGAGGCAUCCAUUGACUAAACAACGGAAGUCCAAUGGAACAUCAACCUUACACAAGGUGCAACAAAAUAAGCUAUUCAAAUAUAUAAACUGUUAAAAACGAACCAUGCGUUAACAAACUGUAAGUAUCAGUGUAUUUACUUCCUGUUGAGGCUUUGUGUAAUUGUUAGAUUUCCCUGUAGAAGUAGUUGUUCGCAGUACAUGCUGCAUGUUAAGUUUGCUGCGUGAUGAUUGUAGUGUUAUUGUUAUUUUGUAUUUUCCGACAUAGUGAAUGGCAUUUCAAGUUUGUCUCCAAGUGCUUUUUCCAAUUGCCGGUUAGUUGCUGGUUGCUUGAUGGUCCUCAAGCGAAGUUGAUGUACAGUAGAGGCCAAAAGUUUGGACACACCUUCUCAAUUCAAUGUGUUUUCUCUAUUUUCAUAACUAUCUACUUUACAUUGUAGAUGGUCACUGAAGGCAUCAAAACUAUGACACUUGUGAAGUGGAAAACCAUUUCAGGUGACUACCUCUUGAAGCUCAUUGAGAGAAUGCCAAGAGUGUGCAAAGCAGUAUUCAGAGCAAAGGGUGGCUAUUUUGAAGAAACUAGAAUAUAAAACCUGUUUUCAGUUAUUUCACCUUUUUUCGAGUACAUAACUCCACAUGUGUUAAUUCGUAGUUUUGAUGCCUUCAAUGACAAUCUACAAUGUAAAAAGUAAUGAAAAUAAAGAAAACACAUUAAAUGAGGAGAAAUUGUGUCCAAACUUUUGGCCUGUACUAUAUAUAUAUAUGUAUAUCCAUGUAUAUAUAUAUAUGUAUAUAUCUUAUAAUAUAUAUCCAAUUAUGUACUGUAGAUAAGCUACAGUCUCUGAAAAUGACUUUUAUCCACUUGCAUUUAAGAAUACAUGCAAACAUACAAAAUAUGCAUUGAGAGUUUUAAUUAUGUCUUUAUGCAAUAAUCUAAAGCAGGCCUGGGUAAUUAUUUUGACUCAGGGGCCACAUUUAGAGAAAAAAAUGUGUCUGGGGGCCGGUAUAUCUAUUUUCAGGUAAACUAAUACAAAACCUCACCAUAAUGGCUGAUAGAAUUCUAAAAAGGUUAUGACAGAUCGCCUUAAUAAAACGUAAUGGAAUGUUCAUUUUUUUCUAUGAACGAUAAAACACUGAAUAUUGACAACAUUUGAAUGUCACACCCCCUUUCGAUCGACAUAUUUUACAAUCAAGUGAAAUGCAACAAACGGUGAAAUAUGAACGCUAAGGGUACAAAAUAAACCCACCAACAAUCUGAUUUAGCUAAUAUUUGCUGAAUUUCCCCCAGGGAUUCAUAAAGUACUUUCUGUUCUAUUCUAUUCUGUUCUAUUCUAUUCUAUAUAUCACUAAGAUUUAGAACUCUGUUGUGAAAAUCUUCUUCCGCGUCUGUGGAAACGCUUCCCGCCCACACUUCUUGGUGCCUCUUCUGAGCUGCUGUGACUUAGAUCAAUGGUCCCCAACCUUUUUAUUUUAUUUGUCAUGAAAAAGGGAGGUUUUUGUCACAAAAAAAGGUUUUUGGGUUGUGGCACU